AUGAGCGUAUUCUUCGACAUCGAGGCAGCCGCGUAUGUCUUGCUUCUAAUUAUAUGCACGGCAACAUAUUUGCGGCAGUACAGCCCUACUUUGUUUCAUCGUGAUCACACAGAGUUACACCGUAAGUUUCUUUACAAGUGCAGUGUUGUCGGAGACCGCCUCUCCUUGUGGGUUGCGACAGGCUGCAUUGUUGUGGCUGUGCGAAUGCUGUUUGUGUAUUGA